AUCAUAAUGAAUCACAGCGGCUCUGAAGCGCGAGAAGCUGGAGCUGUCUGACGGAAUUGGAUAGUUACGGAAAGACUCUUUGUUUGUUGAUAUUGAGCUUUUUUUUCUAUUUUUAUUUUUUUUCACGCCAGUAAUAAAAGUGGACAGAUAUUAGGCUAACAGUGCUUUAUCUCCAGGAUCCUUCUUUAAGGAGCCAUGGAUUAUUUUACUCGUCAAACUUUUUUAAAAUGUGCUUUUUUCAUCUUCACAGUUGUCAGGAGCAGUUGUGCUCUGUUGGAAAGAGCAGUAGAAGAUCCAGCACAUCCAAAUCCUCUCGACUCCAGUCCAGUAGAAGACAGUGAAAUUUCCUUCUGUGAUUUUGAAUCUCCAUGUUCUUGGACGUUAUCCAAUCACAGCGCUGGAGGGGACUGGUAUGUCACAUCACCACAGCAACACAGAUCCAAUAGACGGGGUGUCCAACCAAUCAAAGAUUAUUCCACUGGAAAAUCUGAAGGCCAUUUUCUGUUACUAAAGCCCAGCUUAACUCAUUUCGCUGCUGGCAGAUGUAGUUUCCACAUGACCAGUCCUGUAGUGCACAGCAGUGGGCCACUUUGUCAUCUUCGUCUCGCUCGUUUCCAACUGGAACCACAUACAGGAAACAUAUCCGCCUUUGUGAAACACACUGACCACUCUGUCAUCAAACCUAUAGCCCUUACAGUCAAAGAACAAGGAACUGGCAGGCCGCAGUGGGAGGUGCUGGAGGCUCUGAUUGGCCAGUUAGAUGAGCCUUUCCAGGUGACAGUGCAGUACUCUUCCUGCAGCAGCCAUGAAGUCGGAUUUCUGGCAUUUGAUUCGCUGGAGCUGAAGAAUUGUGUCAUGGUUGAUGAUUAUUUGGAUUUGGGUUCAGACUGUGAGAAAUACUCAUCACUUCACUGUCAUUCUGGAGGCUGCAUUGAGAAGCGAAGAGUGUGUGAUUUUCAUACUGACUGUCCACAAGGGGAAGAUGAGGGCUUAAUAUGCAACUCCUUACCUUUGGGCUCAUACUGUUCAUUUGAGUUGGGAUCCUGUGGAUGGUCAGUGGCUGAUUCACAGUCCUCCUGGAGACUAGUUAGUGGACAACAGCUGACUGAAGACACAGAUCUACUGAGCACAACUCUGCAAAACACUCAAGGGCACUUUCUUUUCUUAAAGGCCAGAGGUCGCAGUGAGGAAAGUGAGGCGUUGGUUCAAACCCCAGCUCUCCCUGCAACUAUAUCCAAUCAGGACUGUCAGUUGCAGUUCUCUCUGUAUCUGUACGGGGACUUCAAUGGAACGGUGCUCCUGUCAGUGCUGGAGAAUGGAAUGUCAGCAUCUCCACUGAUUUGGGAGCGAUCUGGACACUGGAAGGAUGCCUGGCAAGAGAUCACUCUGCCAAUUACUGAGAUCUUAAAAGGCUUCCAUCUUAAAGUGCAGGCCUUCUGGACUUCUGGAUCUAAGGCGGACAUUGCACUGGAUGACAUUUCAUUAAGUGCAGCAUGUUUUGACACAGAACUAAAUGAACUGCUUCUUGGACAAGGACUACCUCAUGAUUUGGACUCCUUCAGUCCUCUCCCAGAACCCUCAGCGUCAGAGGUGUCCCAAAUAACAUGGUGGUUUACUUCCUGUGGAGCAAGCGGACCUCUAGGUCCGACUCAAGCCCAGUGUGACAGUGCCUACCGCAACAGCAAUGUCAGUGUGGUGGUGGGGAAGGAGGGCCCUCUCAGGGGGGUUCAGAUGUGGAGGGUUCCAGCUACCAACAUGUACAAGAUUUCAGCCUAUGGAGCCGCAGGAGGCAAAGGAGCAAAAAACCAUAACAAGCGCUCACAUGGUGUCAUCAUCUCAGCUAUCUUCCCACUGGAGAAAGGUGACAUACUCUACAUCCUAAUUGGACACCAAGGAGAAGAUGCCUGUCCAGGAAGGAACUCCCUGACCCAUGAAAUCUGUCUUGGGGAGUCUUCUGUGAUAGAGGAUGGUUUUGACAGCGAUGGUUUGGUCUUGAAGUGGGCAGGGGGCGGAGGUGGUGGUGGGGGAGCCACAUACAUUUAUCGGAUGGAGAAUGGGGAACCAGUGCCUUUGCUGAUUGCAGCAGGAGGAGGAGGAAAGGCCUACCUGGAGGACCCUGAAAGCAGCCUGGACCAGAUUUUUCUGGAACAAUAUGAGAAUGACACAUCCGCCCCUAGUGUCAAUGGCAAAUCCGGAGCAGCAGGUGGAGGAGGUGGAUGGGGUGACCUGUCUUCACUCCCCUGGGCAGGGAAAUCUCUUGUCGAAGGAGGUCAAGGAGGCUCAUCCUGUCCUGAGGCUCUGUCUGUGCUGGGAUGGGCUACAUUUGGAGGGUUUGGGGGAGGAGGGGGCGCUUGCACUGCUGGCGGCGGUGGUGGAGGAUACAGAGGUGGUGAUGUGCCCCUUCUUGAUGGCAUCACAGCAGAUGGACAAGAUGGUGUCUCUUUUGUUCACCCCAUGGGAAAGAUAUUUCUACAGCCACUUGCAGCUAUGGAGAGUCAUGGGGAAGCUGAGAUCGAGGUGUAUCUAAAUUGCAGCCACUGUCAGACCCAGAGCUGUAAGAGAGAUGAAGAUCCCAGACUCAUCCUCUGCCUGUGCGACAGCGAUGAGGUUCUUGCACCAGACAACGUCACCUGCCUAGCAGUUGUUCCAUUGGGCUCCCUGGCAGAUGGACCCCCAUCCCUGAUAUUUAUCCUGAUGGUGAUUGCGUCCACAGUAGUUACGGGUGUUGUUCUGACCUGUGCCAGCCUCACGCUCAUCUAUUACCGUAAGAAGAACCACCUGCAUGCAGUCAGGAUUCGACUACAGAGCCCAGAGUACAAGCUUAGCAAAAUCCGCUCGUCAACCAUAAUGACUGACUACAACCCCAACUACUGCUUUGCUGGCAAGGCGGCUUCACUGAGUGAGCUUAAGGAGGUUCCACGUAAGAACAUCACCCUCCUCAGGGCGUUGGGACAUGGUGCCUUUGGGGAAGUGUAUGAGGGCCAGGUUUUGGGUAUGAAUGGAGAAAACACAGCCAUGCAGGUUGCUAUAAAGACUCUUCCAGAAAUCUGUUCUGAGCAGGAUGAGAUGGAUUUCCUAAUGGAGGCUCUGAUUAUGAGUAAGUUCAGCCAUCAGAACAUUGUGCGCUGUAUUGGCGUCAGUCUGCAGAUCCUGCCUCGCUUCAUACUGCUGGAGCUCAUGACAGGAGGAGACAUGAAAACUUUCCUGAGACUGAACCGCCCCAGAACUAAUCAGCCGUCUUCUCUAAGUAUGCUGGAGCUUCUACAUAUGGCCAGAGACAUUGCACUUGGUUGUCGCUAUCUAGAAGAGAACCACUUCAUCCACAGGGACAUUGCAGCACGAAACUGCCUUUUGACCUGUCCUGGUCCAGAGAGAGUGGCUAAAAUUGGAGAUUUUGGGAUGGCUCGAGACAUUUAUAGGGCGAGUUACUAUAGGAAGGGUGGCCGUGCCAUGUUGCCGGUGAAGUGGAUGCCACCUGAAGCCUUUCUAGAGGGCAUUUUUACAUGCAAGACUGACACCUGGUCUUUUGGGGUACUGCUGUGGGAGAUUUUCUCUCUUGGAUACAUGCCUUAUCCAUGCAAGACCAAUCAGGAGGUAUUGGAGUUUGUAACAGGUGGAGGUCGUAUGGAUCCGCCUAAGAGCUGCCCAGGCCCUGUUUAUCGGAUCAUGACACAGUGUUGGCAACACUGUCCAGAACACCGACCAAACUUCUCUACUAUUUUAGAGAGGAUCAACUACUGUACACAGGACCCUGAUGUCAUCAACACCCCUCUUCCAGUGGAGUAUGGUCCAGCUGUCGAAGAAGAAGGUGGCACUGUGAUCCGUCCUGAAGGAUCAGGCAGUAUGACUCCUCUUCUAGUGGCCCACUCUAUGUCCCAGGAUGCUUCCCCUCGAAUGGGCAUCACUGGUUCACCCCCACAAGCCCUCAAACCUACAAAGCUACAAAGACUGGCCCAUCUUGCACAGGAGGUGGGCAUGUACAGAGAAACAUUAGAGCCAUGUUGGGCUGAGCCAGUUCCUGCUCCAGAAGUUUGUCCAGGACAAUGGCUUCAGGUCCCAGAGCACCGGCCGUGCUCCAGGAGCAGUUCGUCGUCAGGCAGCCAGAAUCUAAAGAACAAGACUAAAAACCUUUGGAACCCCACCUACGGUUCCUGGAUCCUGGAGAGCUUCGGAAGAGGGAAGACAUCCUUAUGUCACACCCAGUCCAUGCCUCUGUCUUGCAACCCCACGUCCAUGUCUGUCCCGUCCUCUACAUCGGAGCGCAUUGACCCUGGAGUAGAAGUUAACACAAAUGUCUCGACAUCCCCACCUUUGUCUGCAGGAUCCUCCCAGACCACGUUCAGUCCUACAGGGCCUCCCUCUCGGAAGAGUCCAACAGGGGCUACGGGCAGCUCGCUCACUGCGGUUAUGGAUUUGCCAAAACUCCAGAGCUUCCCGUGUGGCAACGUAAACUAUGCGUAUGAUGAGCAGAGCUACGAGACUGAGAGUUUGCCUGUAGUUGUGUCCAAAUCUGUGGAGCCCAGCACCAGCUCUUCGGCUACAUCUUCACUUGCUGCCCUCGGCCUGGCCACAACAUUUACCCACAAACCACUGGUGAAACGCCCUGCUAGCUACGGACACGAGGAUUUAAGGAGGCACACCCAGUCUGAGAAGCCCACGAGGGACAGGGAUUCUGGUUUUUCCUUAUCUGAAGACCUCAGUGUCACCCCUGUGUAGCAUUGAAGAAUAGUCCUAAUUUUUUGGUGUUAUUUUGUUUUUGGAACAAAUGUAUUUUACUGCAAUAUCUGCAGUGGAUUAUCUAGAGGCAGAAUGGUAGGUUAAGGCUGGAAUACACUUCACGACUUUUAAAAUCUGUGUAAUUUUAAAACACUAGGCAUUGUACACUUGCCGAAACUAAGAACCACACACUAAAUUACUAAGUUGCAGUCAUUUGCAGGCUAAAAAGGUUGAUUGUCAAUAGUGUAGAGACGUAUCACACCGCUCACACCGAAGUCACUUUCAAACCAAGUGGUUUUCUGUUGGUCAACAUAGAGAAUCCAUGUGAUCAACUUGAACCUGUUGCAAAUCUGCAAGGGGAAAUCUUUAGCCUUUGACUUUGAAUUUCACCAGCUAAAAACUUUGCAGAACAACUUCAAGACAAUUUGACCUCACCUUGAAGAUCACACACUACCAGACUUUCAAGUCAUUCUGAAUGCAGCAAAGUCAUGCAGAAACAUGUGCCUCGUUGACGGAGACACAUGACAAAUAAAAACAAUGUGUUCUAAAACUGGCUUAAAAUAUCAAACAUGUUUGAAACUCUCAGAAACUAGAUGGUAUCAUAGCCUGAAGCUAAAAAAUCAGUCUUUAUCCAUUAUACACUACACAAUUUUCUGCAAAAUUUGUGACCGCCAAAAUCUUCAGACUUAGGUAAUUUGCGUCAUCCUCAUCAAGACGGCAAAUUGGGGCAAAUAUCUGAGGAAAAGUUUUGUAGUAUAUUCCAGUCUUUAAUAACUGCGUGUUGGAAACUAUGUGCAAGAGACUACAUUAUUGCUGUGUGGUACCAAAGACAUGAGGAGUCGUAGCUAAUUUGCCAUUAUGAGGCGGCAAAUGGCUGAUGGUUUCUAUUGAAACUUCCACUUGGCUAAUAGCAGCCCUUUUACACUGGAUUCUCAUCUACUGUCAACACUGUGAAAACAUAUGAUGUUCACUUUAAGGACCACAUGAAGUGAGAAGUCCUUUUCUACUGAUUAGUCAUAAUUACCAAUAAAUACAUACAGUAUGUAGGUUUAGAUGUCCUUUACGAAUUUGCAUUUUGCAGCUGGUUUUAAGUGUAUUUUACAGGAAGAUGCAAAGCAUGUUCAGACCUCACACAAAUGGAAAAUCCUACUCCAUGCCACAUAAUAAUCAAUCACCAAACCUAGUAAUACUGAAUUGAUUUGUUAAAAGUAGUUAUUUGAGUGACUUGACCAACUUUAAAUGAAACACUAAAAAGUUGGUCUAAAAAAGGGACAGUUCACCAAAAUAAUACAAUUGUCAUUAUUUACUUCAAGUUGGUCCAAACAUAUGACAUUUUUUCUUCGAUAUUUUCAAAAAUAUCUGAUUAAAUGAUUUUUAAAGCAUUUUUUUUCUCCAUACAACAAAAGUCAAUAUGUUGUUUUGGACUACCGUAGCCAGGGGCAUCGGACUGGGGGUAAAACCAGUACUGAUUACCAGGGCCCCAAAGGAAGAGAGGGCCCUUGAAAGUCCGGAAUAUAUUUUA